AUGAAGCUUUACCUCAAUGAGAGACCAAGGACGUUCAUUCUAGCGUCGGAAUCGCAUGCCCUUAUUGUAAGGUACCCAUUCCCCAAGUACAAGUCCGCUCCAAAUGGCAGCCAUUCUCAACAUCACCAUCAUCAUUUGGGUUAUCAUAGUUCUACAAGCCCCACUGACCUGGGCUCUUCAUCCAAGGGUAACAUGGGUCCAGCUGCAAAUAAGGUCUUAGUCGAGUUUGUUCGUAAGGAAUCCUUACAAUUGGCCAAAUUUAGAGAUAUUACCCCUAGCAAGUCUAGUGGGAAAUUGAUCACUGGAUUUCUAGGAUUUAUUAGUGUCAAAAGUAACAUAUAUCUAGGGUUUAUAACCAAUCAUAACAAGCUGGCAACUCCUGUCGUAGGUGAGGAUGUGUACACGAUCACAGGAGUGGAGUUUUAUUGUUUGACCAGUGACGAAUAUGAUCAUAUGAUAGAUGAUAGUUCCUUCGGUGGUUCAGGUUCCAAUGGAGGGUAUGGUAAUAACACGGGUAGUGCAAAUCAACUGCAAUCGCUGCUAUCUGAUUCUAAAGAUAAAAAAUCUUCAGAUUAUCCAGCAGCUUCAAUUAGAAAGUUCCUUAGUCUGGGAUCUUUCUUUUAUUCUAGAGAUUUUGAUAUCACUUCUCAUAUGCAAGAAAGAGGUUAUAAUCAAAAAAGUCCAACAUCCACUAGACAAUUUAAUCUUAUUGCAGACUCUCCAUAUUUUAAAAGGUUUCAAUGGAAUUCAUUCAUGAAUGCAGAAUUGAUUGAAUUUAGAAAUAGAUUAUCACCAUUUGAACGUAAAGAAUUCGAUAAGACUGGAUUUCUCACUACAAUAGCUCGUGGUUAUGCACAAACUUUGAAUGCUGUGAUCCAUGAAGGCGUAGAUGCCUUACUUACCGUGAUAUCAAAACAAUCAUGUCUUAAAAAUGGACCGUUAUUCGGUGAUUGGGGUUGUGACGAUAGUGGUGAGGCUUCUAAUUUUGUUGAAACUGAAGUUAUAAUAUACACUGCUAGGUACUGUUUUGCUUAUGUUAUAGUCAGGGGUAAUGUCCCAAUUUUUUGGGAAUUGGAAAGUAAUCUUUCAAAGAAAAAUAUCUUAUCAUCUAAAAAGUCUAAAAAGAUUUCAUACCCAAGAUCUUUUGAAGCAUCUCAACAUGCUUUUGAUCGUCAUUUUGAGAAACUUUCAAAUCAAUAUGGGGAAGUACAUAUUGUAAAUGCCUUGUCCACCGAUGAAAAAUCUUAUAAGGGAGAUCUUAACCAAAAAUUCAAGGAACACUUGCAGUAUUUCAACACCCAUGGUAGGGGUAAUAAUGCUUCUGUUACAGCCGAUACAACAGCUGCUGGCAGCAAUAACCUUGGACCAGUAUCAACCAAGAUCUUGUGCACUGAUUCCCCGGUUUCUACGUCUAUAGUGAAAAAAUUCGGAUAUAAUGCAACAAAUCCUAGUGAUAUCGUUCGUAUGUUGGUGCAAGGGAUCAUUGACUAUGGUGCAUACUUUUAUGAUAUCCAAAAGGAUAGUCUUACUGGGAAACAAUUGGGGGUCUUCCGUGUUAAUUCAUUUGAUUGUUUGAGCAAGGCCAAUUUCUUAUCCAAAAUCAUUUGUCAAGAAGUUAUUCAAUUGGCGCUUCGUGACGUUGGAGUGGAGGUUGAUCAUGAUCUUUUGGUCAAACAUGGGAAAUUAUGGGCCACAAAUGAUGAAAUCAUAUCGAAAUUAACUCUCAACUUUGUAUCUAAUACAACCAAACUUCAGAGAUCAAGUGGUGCAACUACUAAAGGAUCAAUUAAAUCACAUCUUACUAAAAAAUAUCUUAAUAGUGUUGUUGAGCCAAAACCAAAUGAAAUGGCUAUGCUUAAACUAUUAGGUAGACUUCAAGAUCAAGUCAGUAUUACUUUGAAAAAUCCAAUUCAUGACUAUAUCUCUCUGGAACUUAAAGAUAGAUCUAAAGAAUUUAGUUCACACAAAGAUAUUUCUAUCUUUGCUAGUACCUUCAAUGUAAAUGGAUGUUGUACAGAAGAUAACGUUGAUGGUUGGUUAUAUCCGGAGAUUGAUCCAGCACUCUCAUAUGAUGUGGUUUUCAUUGGAUUCCAAGAAAUCGUAGAACUUACACCUGGACAUAUGGUCAAUACCAAUUCGAUUAAUCGUGUUUGGUGGGUAAAACAAAUUAAAGCAACUUUGGAGAAAAAUAGCCCUGAUAAUUCCAAAUAUGUUUCACUUUGGGAUGGUCAAUUAGGAGGAAUAGCAUUAUUACUCUACAUUAAGGAACUGGAACUUGAAAAUAUAACUAAUGUUGAAGGUUCAUUCAAGAAAACUGGUCUUGGAGGUAUGAGUGCAAAUAAGGGGGGAGUAUCUGUGAGUUUUAAUUAUUAUAACACUCAGAUUUGUUUAGUUGCAGCUCAUUUGGCAGCUGGAUUAAGUAAUAUGGAUGAAAGACAUCAAAACUAUAAAACUAUCGCAAAGGGGAUCAAAUUCUCCAAGAAUAGGCGUAUUAGGGAUCAUGACGCCGUGAUUUGGUUGGGUGAUUUCAAUUAUAGAAUUGGAUUACCAAAUGAACAAGUAAAACCAUUGAUUGAAAAGGAAGAGUAUGGGAAAUUAUUUGAAUAUGAUCAAUUAAAUCAACAAAUGGCUAUUGGAGAAAGUUUCCCAUUUUUCGAUGAAAUGGAAAUCAAGUUUGCUCCCACAUAUAAGUUUGAUAAUGGUACUAAGACAUAUGAUACGUCUGAAAAGCAGAGAAUUCCUGCUUGGACGGAUAGAAUCUUAAGUAUGUCACGAAAUAAACUUGUCAAGCAAGUUGCCUACGACAGUGCUGCUGAACUAUUAUUUUCUGAUCAUCGUCCAGUCUAUGCGGUAUUCAAAGUAAUGGUUCAUAUUGUGGAUGAAUCUAAAAAGCUCUCCUUAUCCAAUGCUUUAUAUGAUACUUAUAAAAAAAAUUUUGGUGGUAUCAACAACUUGUUCUUUUCUCAUGAUGUUUCAUUCUUGAUGGGUGAUGAUGAUGACGAAGGGAAUUUACCACCACCAAGUUCAGAGGUUUAUAAAUGGUGGAUCCAUGGUGGCAAGCCAGCAAAGGUAUACAUCAAGGAACUUGAAAGAUCGGUGAAGGAUGGUGGUGAAUUCAAUGUCAUUAAUCCCAAGCUUCCUAUCAAUCCAUUUGAAACCACAGAAGAACCUGAAUUUGUUACAAACGAAGAAUUGGCAAAUAUACUACAAAAAUAG